ACUAAAAUAUUGUGAAAAUGAUUCGGCAGGUUGGGUACAAAUAGAACCGUUAAAAAGCUAUAAAAUUUUCAAAUAUCUAAAUUGUGUGCUUUCAUCUAUCGAAUAAAAAUUUAAUCUUUUAAAAAUGUAAAUGAUUGCAUUAAAAAUAGUUCAGAAAUAAAAUUCUUCCAACGAUCGGGAUUAAUCGGAAAGUAGCGGUUAGUUCAAUACAUAACCCAAUUAAUAAGAUUAAGAUAGGUUAUGGUUCAAUAUGCAUUAAGCUAGAAUUACAAAUUCGAUUGGAAUAUUUAUUUUACAUUCAUAAUUUAUAGUGAAAUGAUUCAAUAUGAAUGAACAAUUUGAUCCAGAAGUGUAUUGCUCAUAUUAUCACAGCAAUCUUUGCCAUGUUUGUAAAAUCUCUGGAAAGUUGAAAAGAUGUUCACAGUGUAGGUCAAUAGCCUACUGUUCACAAGAGCACCAAAAGUUUGAUUGGAAAUAUCAUAAGAAAUUUUGUGCUGCAAUGACUAGAGCAAAUAGCGACUGCGAAUUUAUUGCUAUAAGAAAUUUCGAGGAUCUUCUUACUGUAAAAAAGAUAAAAUUUAGGUUGUUAUGUAAAUAUUUACAGCGACAGUUAUCUAUUUAUGAAAAUCAAAUUUGUAUGUUUUCUAGACAUUGUGAAAUAUGUUACUCUCCCAAUAUUUACAGUGAAUGUGAUAAAUGUAAAAGUGUAUUUUUUUGUUCUGAUGAUCAUAAAUUCAAAUUUGAACAUUUUCAUCAAAAAAACUGUUCUGAAUUCAAAUUAAAUUUGGAAAUUGGAUUAUUUACCAAGUUUAAUAAUGAAGAAGUUGAUUUAUUUGUUUGUGAUAUCUCGAAGAAACUUCAAACUUUACCUCAUUCUCUAUCUGAACUGGUUGAAUUGUAUGAUAAAUCUUCAAAGCAUGGAUAUGACGACAUAAUGCAAAAACUAAGAAAACAUGAUUGUUUAUCCCCAAUUGCCACAAUUUUAUACGGACUAGAGCAAUCCAACUUGAUAGUUGAUAGGAUUGCUGUAAAAGACGAACUAACAAUACACAUAGUUGGUGGUAGUAUUUAUGAAACUGUUAGGCAGUGGAGACAUAUGGCAGAGCUAGGGUUUCACUGGAUCCACAAUUUAGUUAAACUUGAUUUUAUGGUUAUAGGACCAGAAUUAGAUUUUGAUGGGACUACAGUCUUUACCCAUCAACUAUGUGAAACUUGUGAGCAAAGGAAAUGUCAAACAAUGUGUUCAUUUCAUACCCAGCUUUAUCAUGAUAAAAUAAAUCAUAUAAAAAAACCCGAUGCUGUUGUUGCCUUCAAUAGUGGUUUACAUACAUGUUAUAGUGAGAAACUAGUAAAUGAAGAUGAUUUACCAGAAUAUUUGUGGGCAAAUAGUAUCAAAUAUUUAGUUAAAAAUAAAAAUACCCCAUUAAUACUAACAGCCUUUACUUUAAAAGAAAUUGAAAAAGAUGUGGAAGUAGUAAAAAAUCAUGCGGAAUCAGAAUUAAAAGUUUUGAUUCCUCCUAGUAGUAAUCCUUUUGCUGAUAGUAAACCUAUUCGAGAUAUUGAAAGUCAACAAGAACCGUUCUUUUAUAUCAAUGGUUUUGUAUCUGUUUUAACCAGAAUUUAAGUACAUACACAUAAUAUUGACAAUAUAUAACGAGGACCUUAUAUUUCCAUAUUAAGUUUUAUGAAAAUUAUUUGUUAGUUUUUUUAUUAAUAAAUUUUUUAAUU